ACAAUUUCACUUAUUGUUCAGUGAUAACUGCAGUGUCCCCAAAUCUGUGUUGAAGACUGCAGCCAAGUGACCAGCUGAUUGAUUUAGCGAGAGGCGAGACGAACCGAGACGAGAGGAGACAAGACGAGACGAACCGAGACGAGACGAGACGAACCAAGACAAGACGAGACCUCUUCAAAAGUGUGGCCGAGUCACUCGGGUUCUGAGUCACCAUGAGCUGGAGCUUCUUAACCCGCCUCUUAGAGGAAAUUCACAACCACUCGACAUUCGUGGGGAAAAUGUGGCUCACGGUCCUCGUGGUGUUCCGGAUCGUUCUCACUGCCGUUGGCGGCGAGUCCAUCUACUACGAUGAGCAGAGCAAGUUUGCCUGCAACACAGAACAGCCGGGCUGCGAGAACAUGUGCUACGAUACCUUCGCGCCGCUUUCGCAUGUCCGCUUCUGGGUAUUCCAUAUCAUUCUGGUGUCCACGCCCUCUCUGGUGUACCUCGGCUACGCCGUCAACAAGAUCGCACGGUUGGAGGAAGGCAAAGAGGGCGUGGUUAGGAAAUCUUCCAAGAGCAGAACGUUUGACCUGGACAGACGUCAGAACCGAGGUCUGGAGGAUGCCGAAGAGGACCAGGAGGAAGAUCCGAUGCUUUACGAUGUGACCAUCGAAACGGAAAUCCAGAACGACAGUACACCUUCGGGUGCGACGGGAAGUGGUACAAAAGCACGACACGACGGACGGCAGCGUAUCCAGCAAGACGGACUGAUGAGGGUUUACAUCAUCCAGCUGGUGGUUCGGUGCGCUUUAGAAAUGUGCUUCCUGAUCAGUCAGUACGCACUUUACGGUUUCACCGUCCCGGGUCUUUAUGUGUGCUCGAGCAAACCGUGCCCUCACCUCGUGGAUUGUUUUAUCUCACGUCCGACUGAGAAGACGAUCUUUUUGUUCAUCAUGUACGCCGUGACCAUAUUCUGUUUGCUGCUCAACGUCUGGGAGAUGCACCAUCUCGGACUGAGCACCAUGUUCAACCUCCUGCUGGCCAGAAAGCGGCGUGACGGCCCGGAUGACAACCUCGCUGCAUGCGAGGAUAACAGACACGGAGGAUACGGCGGGUACGCGCCAUCCCGGUCGUCUCCUUCAGCGCCGCCGGACUACGACAUCGCUGUGAAGGCAGAAAUGGCGCCAUUUAAACAAAAGGAGGAGGAGGAGUCACCCAGGGAGCAUCAGCAACAGUACGGAAGCACAGAAGACGACUUUGUCCAGGUCCAGAAACCAGAGGAAAAGAACAGAAAGGCAAAGCAACAGCAUGACAAGAGGAAACAACGUGAACGUGAACGAAACAAGCGAAACAGAAGCAGAGGGUCUCGAGGAGGCAGCCGCCGCAGCGACAGCAAGUCGGACGAAGGGAAGCCGUCUGUUUGGAUCUGAGACGCAGACGGAGGAGAUCCAAACGCCCCAACACCAAAGCUGAACUCUGAGACCUGUACAGAGGAUUGUGGGUAACGGCAGUAAACCUGUAUCCGCAGGCCUCGUAAACACAGCCGGUGAAAGAAACAUGCAGAGACCGUUUAUGUUGUUUUUGUUUUCUUUUGCUGUCUCAGGAGAAGAGCAGCAGCGUGCGCACGCACAGCAUCCACACGCUGCUAGCAUGAGGACUUCUUGUUAUUGAUUCUUUCUGUUAAAGCUGAGUUGCUGUUGUUCUUCUUUUCUUCUUCUCAUUUGUUUGUGCUGCUAUUACGCGCCUGUAAGUUCUUGUAAUGUUUUAUUUUCUUCUCAUUAGGUUUGAAACACGGAUUCUUUGUCAGAAAGUUCCUUGUUCAGCCCGGAGCAAUAAAAUACUUUAUAUUUA